CGCAGAUUCCCAUUACUCAUGCUUACUGCCAGGUGGCCAGUAUUUCUGUCCUUGGUCGCGGUCUGAAUGGCUCUGUUAACUUGAUUCCUUUUGACGAUAACAAGCUUGCUGCGAAGCUGUGGACCGGAGCUUUGGAUUGUCGCUUGUUCAACAGGUGACCCUUUGUCCCUCGGACACACAUUAAACCGAGUCUCUAUCUUUCCUUUCUGUUUAGAGGGGGUUUAGACUUCAUUCAAAACUUCAUAGACAAUGGCUUCCACGGGCCGGCAACGGAGCUUCGCUCCGUUGCGCCUCUUCAGCUCUCCAGUUCUUUCCUUCCUCAUCGUCCCCUUCCUCGUCUUUUUCCUCAGCUUUUCUACUCCCGCCGCCGCCGCGGGCUCCGCCGUUGUCGGUAUCGAUGUCGGCACCGAAUACUUCAAGGCUGCGCUCGUCAAACCCGGAAUCCCCCUUGAAAUCGUUCUUACGAAAGAUUCGAAACGCAAAGAAUCAGCCGCGGUUGCAUUCAAACCCACCAGAGAGGUCAAUGCUCCGUUCCCCGAAAGAUUUUACGGUGGCGAUGCCCUUGCCCUGGCGGCUCGGUAUCCCGACGACGUUUACGUGAACCUGAAGACUCUCCUCGGGCUUCCCUUCGAAAACGGUGACAACGAAAUUGUUAAGACCUACCACGACCGGUAUCCUGCUCUGAGGCUGGAAAGCGCCGGCGAGCGGGGCACCGUUGGACUGCGCAGCAACCGACUUGGCGAGGCGGAGAAGAAGGACGCGUUCCUGGUCGAGGAGAUUCUGGCCAUGCAACUGAAACAAAUCAAGGCGAAUGCCGAUGACUUGGCUGGUAAAGGCUCGGAUAUCAAGGAUGCCGUCAUCACCUACCCUUCGUUCUACACCGCCGAGGAAAAGAGAAGCUUGCAGUUGGCAGCGGAGCUGGCGGGUCUCAACGUCGACGCCUUUCUCACCGAUGGCCUUGCCGUUGGGUUGAACUACGCAACCAGCCGUACGUUCCCCGUUGUCUCCGACGGACAGAAGCCUGAAUACCAUGUUGUCUUUGACAUGGGUGCCGGUUCAACCACCGCGAGCGUUUUGCGUUUCCAGGGCCGGUCUGUGAAGGAUGUUGGAAAGUUCAACAAGACCAUCCACGAGAUUCAUGUCUUGGGUGAGGGUUGGGACAAGACCCUUGGAGGUGACUCGCUGAACGAUCUUAUCGUCGAUGAUAUGGUUGCGGCUCUGGCCGAAGACAAGAAGUUGAAGGACCGCGUCACCGUUGCGGACAUCAAGGCCCAUGGCAAGACUAUGGCGAGGAUCAGGAAGGAUGCCGAGAAGAUCCGUCAAGUCCUCAGUGCCAACACCGAGACUGGCGCUUCCUUUGAGAGCCUGUACGAGGAGGAUCUCAACUUCAAGUACCGCAUCACGCGCUCCAAGUUCGAGGAGCUCGCUGAACAACAUAUCGCGCGGGUUGAGAAACCACUGCAACAGGCCUUGGCCGCUGCUGGAUUGCAACUGAACGACAUUGACUCCGUGAUCCUCCAUGGUGGAGCCAUCCGUACGCCAUUUGUCCAGAAGGAACUGGAACGCGCCUGCGGGUCUUCCAAGGUUCGAACUAAUGUCAACGCAGAUGAGGCCGCGGUUUUCGGGGCUGCCUUCAAGGGUGCGGCUCUUAGCCCUAGCUUCCGUGUCAAGGACAUCCGGGCAAACGAUGCUUCCGGUUACGCCGUGGUACUGAAGUGGCCUUCUGAGAACAAGGAAAGACAGCAAAAGCUCUUCACGCCUACUUCCCAAGUGGGCCCCGAGAAGCAAGUCACCGUGAAAAACCUGGUUGACUUUGACUUCAGUUUCUUCCAUCAGAUCCCCGUGGGUGAUAGCCUGGUUGAGUCGCCCAUUCUCGGUGUCCACACGCAGAAUCUCACUGCUUCUGUCGGAAAGCUCAAGGAAGACUUUGGCUGCUCGGAGGCAAACAUUACCACCAAAUUCACUAUCCGACUUGCUCCCGUCAAUGGACUGCCGGAGGUUGUCAGUGGCUCCGUCAGCUGCGAGGUAGAGAAUGCUAAGAAGGGAAUUGUCGACGAUGUCAAGGGUUUCUUCGGCCUUGGCUCGAAGAAAGACGGACAAGAGCCGCUCGGAGAAGACGGAGAGACUAAGGAGUCCAUCACCUUGGAGCCAGAAGAGGCGUCCACAACUACUUCGGCUGACGAGACAACUUCCACCGCGUCUGCCAAGGAGAGCAAGAAAGCCGUGCCUCAGAUCAAACUGGAAUCCAUUCCUAUCAGCUUUACUUCCUCCUCCUUGGGAGUUCCUGCGCCUUCGUCGGAUGAGCUCGCACGGAUUAAGAGCCGCCUGAGUGCCUUUGACACCUCCGACCGCAACCGUAUCCUGCGCGAAGAAGCCCUGAAUGAGCUGGAAGCCUUCAUCUACCGGAGCCGUGACCUGGCCGAGGACGAAGAAUUCAUUAGCGUGCUCAAGGAAGAUCAGCUGGUCGCCCUCAAGGAGAAGGCCGCAGCGGCCAGCGACUGGCUCUACGGAGAGGGUGACGAUGCCACCACCGCGGAGUUCAAGGACAAGCUGAAGUCGCUGAAGGACAUCGUUACCCCUGCACUCAAGCGCAAGAGCGAAAACUCGGAUCGUCCCGCACGCGUCGAGACUCUGCAGGAUGCCUUGAAGAACGCCAAGACGGUGAUUGAUGUCAUGCAAAAGCAGAUUGAGCAAGAUGAGGAACUCUACUCCUCCAGCGUCAGCGCAUCGUCCGCCAGCGCGACCGAAUCUUCGUCGACUACCACUUCCAGCGAGUCGGCAUCCACGUCUGACUCCUCCGAAGACCUCGAGGAAGACCCCUACGCGUCUUCCUCUACCAAGACUACUACCACCGCGAAGCCUCGACCAACCGGCCCCAAGUACUCCGUCUUCCAGCCCUCCGACCUGGCCGGUCUCACCAAGACCUACGAGUCCGCCAACACCUGGUUCGAAGCGCAACUCGCCGCUCAGGAGAAAUUGACCGUCACCGACGACCCCGCACUCGUGGUGGCCGACAUCGAGGUUCGCCUGAGGGAGCUGCAGCGCACCAUGAACCGAAUCUACGAGAAGAUGGGCGCUGCCGCAGCGAGAUCCGGAAAGGGCUCGUCCAAGGACCAGCCGCCCAAGAAGAGCGACAGCAAGAAGGACAACUCCAAGACGGAGAAAGAGCCCGAGAAAGAAAAGGAGCAGAAGCCCAAGAAGGACCCCAACUAUAAAGACGAGCUUUAAACCGCUGCGUCAUUUGAUUCCCUACCUACCAUACAGGUCAAAUGUUGGAGUUAGGCAUGAGCGUUCUGUUCCCUUGUUUCUUUAUUUCCUUUUUUUUUUGUUCGAGACUUUGAUGCUUGCAUAUCCCCCUCUUCGUUUCAGUAAGCCAUGGUGAACCCUCAGAUGGUUUUCUUUCGGCUUGCUCUGAAAAUUCUGACAUUAUUACUAUACUAUUAUACACUACACAUUCGCAUCAUGUCGCUUGGCCUUGCCUUGAUAUUCUCUCUCCCCUUUUCACGACCAUGAUCAUAUUUUUUGCCCUGUGCUCUGCACUUUCAGUGCGUGUGCUGUAUGUAAACUAGAUAGAUAUAGGCUCUAUCGUGUUUUUUAA